AUGCCAACAUCUUUGAUUGACUUUGCGUGGUCAAGAUUCAUCAAUGAACUGCAGAGAAAGGCUGCUCGCCCGAACAAUGUUCCUGUCCACGAAUACCAAACCAUCACACCGGGCUCAUCAGUUGAGCUUGACCAGAGUUCCAUCAUUGAGCCUGAAAAUGAAGAGACAUUCGCAUCGAGCCAAGGUCGGAGCGGUACCCAACGCGGCGGGGAUUCUUCUACACGAGGGACGAGUGAAGAGCCGGCUCUGACAAAUCUUUUGGCAACUGAUUCUUCGACUUUCAUGACAGCACGCAAUGGCAUGACCUUUUACCUGGGAACGUCUUCGAGUUGGACAUUUACACAAAAGGUUCUCAGCAUGGUGUACGAACGUGUGUUUAGAAAUCGUAUUCCUGACAUGUGUCGCAAUAUUGAAGGCCUGGGAAAUGCCUAUGAUCUCAAGUGGGAUGGGGAACCAACUAGUGCUGGUUGCUCGCCGGUGACUAUCCCAGCCAUCGACCAUUCCAUUUAUCUGAUCAACGCUGUCAAGUUUCAUUGCGCCCAACUGUACCACAUGUUUGACGAAGACACGUUCAUGUCGACAUUUUAUGCCUUCUACGAGAAUCCAUCAGACCGAGACGCUAUUGACAAGCUCUGGUAUGUUCAUUUCAUGGUCAUUCUAGCGUUUGGGAAAGGUUUCACUGUCAGGAAGCACGGAAAGGAUGCUCCUGGACUCGAAUACUUUAUACAGGCACUCCAGUCAUUGCCCAAUAUGAUCAUGCUGUGGAGACACCCAGUACACGCGGUCGAGGUCUUGACUUGCAUUGCAUUAUACUUGCACUGUUUGGACUACCGGAUUGUGGCCCUCAAUUAUAUGGGCCAAGCGGUGCGCCUGGCCCUGAGCUAUGGCCUCAACACGGAUAUACAGGCAGACCGCUUCGGCAACGAAUCAGUCGAACGUAUCCGGCGGGUCUGGUGGACUGUCUAUCUUCUCGAUCGUGAGAUGGCUUCGGUUGCUGGACUCGCGCAGGCCGUCCAGAGCCACGAUGUCUACUGCCAGCUCCCUGAAUUUGGUGGCUCUGUUGCACGGACUACAGCUUUAAAGAUGCAGCUCAAGUUGUCCCACUUGAUUGCCGACAUCAACCGCAAUGUGUAUGGCGUCGGCGGACAACUCAGCCGCAGUUUUCAUCAUGGCAUCAAAAGUGCAUUGGCAGAUAUUGCUGAAGCGCAGAAAGAUCUUCAGCAAUGGUUUCCAUUGUCUCCUGAACAACGCAGUGACGGGAUAUCAAGGACUUCGGCUCAUUUACAUCUCGAGUACCACCGGUGCAUCAUUCUCGCCACGCGUCCGCUCCUGUUCUGUUUUCUCAAGCUCCGACUAGAUUCUCGAGAAGAUUGCCAAUCUAGACUCAAUGGGUCAAAGACUUCGUACAGUAUCAUACAGAUGUGUCUAGAUUCUUCAGUGCAAAUACUGGGAAUGCUCGAGUCAUUGCUAGAACAGGCGCUCAUAGACCCGUUUCUACCAUCUGACCUCGACUCACUUUCUGCAGCGACAAUCAAUGUACUCGUAGCCAUGUCCAUCGAUGCUGAUCUGAUUGAUAAUGGUUCCAAGUGGAUCAUGACAGCAUAUGCUGUGUUUGGCGAUCUGAUUGCAAGCGGUAAUCAGGUAGCCCGGGUGCGCAAAGGAGAACUGGACCACUUGAGAAAGCUGCUGGAGGAGUUGGGCACCAUGUCGGAAAACAAUACAUGGGCGUCAUCUCGUGACCCUGGGGUGCAACAACAACAACAGCAGCUGUCACCGAGCAGCAGCAGCAGCAGCAACAGCGCGCUCACUACAAGAGAAAGUGCUACAGCAUACAUUGCGCAAGAUUCGUCAAGCUUUGAUCCACCAUUCACUCUGGCCGGGAUUGACCCCGGCGACCCAUUGACGACGGCUGAUAUCAUGGACUUGGCCAACUCAAUUGAUGACAUGGACACGGAUUGGAUAUCUCAGACAAUAGGGCAUGAUAGAAUUUGGUAG